AUGAGGUUUCAGGAGGAAGGACUUCCUCUUACGACGCGGCAAAUGGUGCUUGCAGUCCUGACGGGUGCCCCUCUGCCGGACGACAUGCCCAAGAAGAGCUGUCUGCUGUACCGCUGUGAGAACAAGGCCGAAUUUGCCGCGGGCACGCCCUCCUUUGAUGUGUGGGGGCUGCGCCCGAUCGGCCUGGUGGGGCCCCGCGAGAACCCCGUCGACGUGGUCCCCUUCCUCGCCGCUGGUGCCGAGCUCGCCCCAAGUGAGGGUGCAGGAGGGCAAGCUCCGACGGAGAGAAAGAAAAACAACCCCACCCCGCACGACCCACUAACCUACGCCCCUCUCACUGUAACCACCGCCGCCGCUUCCUUCCCCCACGUCGGCGGCCUCUCUCCACCGCGCGCCGCCCUCCUCCUUCCCCGACGCCGGCCGCCGCCCUCCACCACGCGCCGCCCUCCUCCUUCCCUGGCGCCGGACGCCUCCCUCCACCACGCGCCACCCUCCUCCUCCCCAGCGCCGGCCGCCUGCCUCCACUACGCGCCGCCCUCCUCCUUCCCCGGCGCCGGACGCCUCCCUCCACCACCAGCCGCCCUCCUCCUUCCCCGGCGUCGGCCGCCUGCCUCCACCACGCGCCGCCCUCCUCCUCGUCACGCUGCCGCCGCCCUGCUCCCUCCCCCAGCGUGCCGCCGCCGCCCGGCUCCCUUCCCGAGCGCGACGCUGCCGCCCUGCUCCCUCCCCCAGCGCGCCCCCGCCACAGUGGCCGCACGGUCCACUGCCGCCACACUAGUCCGUUCGCCACUACCAACCAAGGCCGUUCGACGACGUUCAACAACACAGAGGAGCGCCCUGGCUGAUCACAGCCACCCCCCGCAGGCCGUAGAACGCCACCUCCGCAGGCGGUUCAUCGCAGCAGCGACCUGGAUCCUGCUAGUUCCCACCAGCGAUGUCUAUUCAAGCAUGUCGUCACUCUCUAGCUGCAGUGUGGCUCGGCUACUGCACUUGGUGCAGGUGCGAGAUGGCGGCUGCUGACGUCGCUAAGUCCAUCUACAAACUAGUGGUUAGCUGCUCCCAGCGGUAAAUGUGGUCGGGUUCAGCAGCGAGCUCUUCCUCGAGCAACCAUUUGGAGAACUUUAUUGUGUUCUUGUGGUGGUGAUUGAUUUUAGCAUCAACAAAUUUGACGUUGGUAGCUAGCUUGCGUAUGGAACCCACGAGUUCAAUAUUGGCUUUAGAUUCAGUUCUUGUUGUACAAAAUGUCCCAGUGUUGACAUUUAUUCGGGUAAAAAAGUUUAUUUCAGUUCAGCUAAA